AUGUUUUCUGGCAAAUGGUGGCCGGGGACCAGAGACCCCUUAGAGGUGGGAGCCCAGGGCCCAUCCCGGGGAGCCCGCCUCUACAUCCUAUAUGGCUUCACCUACAUGGGAGCAGAUGGCCAGCAGGUGUCUCUGGCUGAAGGUGAUCGGUUCCUCCUGCUUCGAAAGACCAACCCAGACUGGUGGUUGGUGAGGCCCCUGGGAGCACCUCCCAACACCCGGCCUCUUUUUGUCCCCGCUGCAUAUGUGGCUGAGGAGUCUACACCCCCUCGGAGGGCUUCAGCCAUUCCUACUAGCCAAUUUCUCUGUGUCCCUAAACCAAACUGGUUCCACGCUUCCCUGGAGGACCUGUCCGUGACUCAGUCAGCCCAGAGCCCACCCUCCAGUCUGUCCUGGCAGCCCCCUCUCCCUCCAAGAAAGCAAAGAAGUCUCAGUACAACUGGUCUGAGUCCGAGCCCGCCGCGAUCGCUCUCAGAUGGCCCUUCUGAACAGCUGCGCCCUCCGGAAGACCUACGCGCUGGGCCCGAGACCUCUACAGAGCCGGGGGUAAGGAACGGGGAGCCGGGAUCUGCAGCUGGGAACUGCCGGAGGGGCUCGGGGCUGGACGAAGGGACUGUCGCGAAAGACUGUGAGGGAGGAGCUUGCAUCCGCAUCCUCAUCCCCCUCUCCCCACCCUCCCAGCAGGCGGGACGCUGGUCCCCCAUGUCCGAGGCCCCCCUCUACUGUAACCUGGUGGACCUCCGCCGCUACUCCCAGACCCCUCCCCCAGGUCCCACUCGGCCCCCACUGCAGCGGCUGGACUUCUGGGAGCAGCACCUGGACGUGGACUCUGGCCGCUGUUUCUACGUCCAUUCCCUGACUGGCCAGGCGUCCUGGAAACCUCCCCGAAGAGCUCGUGAGAAGACUCCAGACUCCAUGGAGGGGACCCUGCACCCAGGGAGCAACGCUGGAGCUCAGAAGGCUGAGGAGAGGGGUGCUGGCCCAUCCAAUCAGGUGACAGAGACCAAGGAGCCCAGGGCCACUCAAACCUCCCUUUCGAACAGUCCCCGAGGCUCCCUGACUCCCAGAUCCCUGCCUCAGCUCCUGGACGACCCUCACGAGGUGGAGAAGUCUGGCAUGCUCAACAAGACCAAGAUUGCUGAGGGGGGCCGGAAGCUCAGGAAGAACUGGGGCUCAUCCUGGGUGGUGUUGGCGGGAAAUAGCCUGGUGUUCUACAAAGUUCCUCCAACAUCAACUCCUGCUGGAUGGGGUCCAGCUGGCAGUCGGCCAGAGAGCAGCGUGGACUUGAGAGGGGCAGCUCUGGCCCAUGGUAGACAUCUGUCCAGCCGCCCGAAUGUCCUGCAUGUGCGGACCAUCCCUGGACAUGAGUUCCUGUUGCAGUCUGAUGAUGAGACUGAGUUCCGAGCCUGGCACCGGGCACUUCGGGAAGUCAUCAACCGACUGGAGAGGGAGAACCCUCUGGAACUGCGGCUCUCUGGGUCAGGGCCAGCCGAGCUUGAGGAGCUGAGCCAGGGCGAGGAAGAUGAGGAGCCAGAGCCCAGGUCCCUGCUUGGAUGGCGAGGAGGGAGCCGCAGGGUCUCUUGUCGAGGCCCUGAAGAGCAGAAUCGAGUAAGGAACAAGCUGAAAAGGCUGAUAGCAAAGAGACCCCCCCUGCAGAGCCUCCAGGAGCGAGGGCUGCUCCGAGACCAGGUGUUUGGCUGCCACCUGGAGUCUCUGUGUGAGAGAGAAGGAAGCACCGUGCCACAGUUCUUCAGGCUCUGCAUAGACACUGUGGACAAGAGAGGUCUGGAUGUGGAUGGUAUUUACAGAGUCAGUGGGAAUCUGGCUAUAAUCCAGAAACUUCGGUUUUUGGUGGACAGAGAACGAGCAGUCACCUCUGAUGGAAGAUACCUGUUCCCCGAGCAGCCAGGACAAGAGUGCCGGCUGGAUCUGGACAGUGCAGAAUGGGAUGACAUCCAUGUUGUGACUGGAGCCUUAAAGCUUUUUCUUCGGGAGCUUCCCCAACCUCUGGUCCCUCCAUCACUGCUGUCACCCCUCCGUGAAGCUCUUGCACUUCCUGAGUCAGAACAACGCUUAUCCCGGAUACAAGAGCUCAUAGGCUCAAUGCCAAAGCCCAAUAGAGACACACUUCGGUGCCUUCUGGAACAUCUAUGCAGGGUGAUAGCACACUCGGACAAGAACCGAAUGACCCCACACAAUUUGGGUAUUGUGUUUGGACCAACACUGCUACGACCAGAGCAAGAGACCUCUGACCCAGCUGCCCAUGUCUUCUAUCCUGGACAGCUGGUUCAGCUGCUGCUGAAUGACUUCACCAGUCUCUUCCCUCAUCCGUGAAUCCUGGACUUUGCCCUACAUGAGUGUGUUGAGCUGAUCUCAACUCUGAAAGCAAGGGUUAAGAGGGAUGGGACCUCCAUUUGUUAGCCAUAACAUUUGAGCAGAACUUCCAUCUGUUAGCCAUAACAUUUGGUUAAACCUCCAUUGGGUAGCACAUUUGAUUCCAAUGGGUGAUUUCCAUUUUGAGGGUUUACAUAUUAGGAAAACUUGUGAAUAUUUUUUGUAUUAGGAGAGAGGGUCUUCUUUGGGGGAGUCUGUUUGGGACGUUACACCCAUUCAUGAUACAUUCAGUAUCAUCUGAUUUUAGCCUUGUGUAUUGGGGAUGGUUAUCAAGGCAUUUUCAAUUAAGGAAAUACUCACAUACAGCCCAGAUUCAUCCUAGAGGCAACCUGAGCCCAAGAAAGGGGAUCAGAUUUUCCUUAUUGCUUUGGUUCCUUGUGCCCCCACCAAGCACCAGAACUCUGAGAAAAACAAAGCUUAGGUAGGGCUCCUAUUUACAAGUCUCCCCCAAAGUGGUUCUGAGAGUCUCUGUGAGAAAAGGUACUUCAUUUACAAAUUAAAUGAUCAGGUAUAGGACAACUAUUUCCUUUGUGCUUUAAGUAGCUACUGAAACUGCUGUAUGCUUAAAAUACAAAAGAUUCAUCUGUGUAUUAACAAAUACUUAAAAAAUAAAACAAUAACAUGUCA